AUGUCAGCCAUUAGUCCAAGCACACAAUGGCGAUGGAUCCAGCAAAUUUCCAGUGGCCUAGCCUGGAUUGAGGACCUUGGUUAUGCCCACGGGGAUCUUCGGCCGGCAAACAUAUUUCUUGGCACCAAGGAAGAAGUCAGACUGGGGGAUUUCGAUUCAACAGUGAAGAGGGGCGAACAGCUUGUGGUAGUGAGCGAGCCGUUUUGCAAGAUGAACGAAGACUACGAGCCUCCCUUGGCUGGCCCAGUCACUGAGCAAUUCUCCCUGGCAUCUUGCAUUUACACGAUCCGAUUUGGCCACAAACCCUUCUAUAGUCUUGAAGCACCUAUCAGGGUCCGACGACUCAUAAUGAAUCAAUUUCCUUCGACCAAAGCAGACGUUAUCAUCGGCGACUUGACACAGAAAUGUUGGGACGGCGGUUACCAUUCAGUUAAGGCGGUGGAACUCGAGGUUAUUUCUCUACUUGAGAAGCACAUAGGCGUAAAGAGACAUUUAGGAAACGACAAGCUAGUUUUGGAUGACAUGAAAGCACAGUGUACCGCCUUUCUAGAAAAGGAGGCUAGAGCAAGCACAUUACAGGUUUUGUAUACCUAA